AUGUCUUCUGCUUCUUCAAUGUCAGGUUCAGUGGAAGGCGUGAAUAUGGGUAAGUUUUGGAAAGGGUAUUUGAGCGGUAGAUACGAUUACAGUGUGCUUUCAUGCGCUUCGAAGGCUCCAAGAACGCUCUCUGUAUUUCUCGCUAGCACCGCACAACCUCCUCAAGCGCGUGUACGAGCUUCGAAGAGGAUUUGUAUCCGACCAAGAUCUGGACUCCAUAAUUUGGGAGGACUGUGUUCAUAUGAAGCCUCAGAUUUUCUCCUUCCACAAAAUCUCUUAAGCUCAAGUGUACUUCAUUUAGCUUGCGGAAAUUGGAAGUUGCACUGUUCUUCAUCUUCUUCUUCAGAAUGCUACAACGAGGUUUCUCCCGAAAGUUUGUGGGAGGAUCUUAAACCUACCAUCUCGUAUCUCUCACCAAAGGAAUUGGAAUUGGUCCACGAUGCCUUGAAUUUGGCUUUUGAGGCACAUGAUGGUCAAAAAAGGCGCAGUGGAGAACCAUUUAUUAUUCACCCUGUUGCGGUUGCACAAAUUCUUGGAGAACUUGAAUUAGAUUGGGAGUCAAUUGCUGCUGGUUUAUUACAUGACACGGUGGAAGAUACAAAUGUGGUUACCUUUGAAAGACUAGAGAAGGAUUUUGGUGCUGCUGUUCGUUACAUUGUGGAAGGGGAGACUAAGGUAUCGAAACUUGGGAAACUCAAGUCUAACGAUGAUAAUUAUUCUGUUCAAGAUGUGAAAGCAGAGGAUCUGCGACAGAUGUUUCUGGCCAUGACUGAAGAGGUCCGUGUAAUAAUUGUCAAAUUAGCCGACAGAUUACACAAUAUGCGAACUCUUUCACAUAUGGCUCCACGUAAGCAGUCUAUCAUAGCAAUGGAGACACUUCAAGUUUUUGCUCCCCUAGCUAAACUGAUUGGAAUUUACCAAAUCAAGUCUGAACUUGAAAAUUUGGCAUUUAUGUACACAAAUGCUCAAGAUUAUGCUGAGAUCAAGAGAAGAGUUGCAGAACUUUAUAAAGCACACGAGAAAGAACUCGAAGAGGCAAAUAAAAUACUAAUGAAGACGAUCGAGGGUGAUCAGUUCUUAGAUCUUAUGACAGUAAGAACUGAAAUUCGAUUUGUAUACAAGGAACCUUACAGCAUUUACAAAGCAUUGAAAUCUAAGAACCAUAUUAAUGAAGUGAACCAAGUCGUGCAGCUUCGAAUUGUUAUAAAACCAAAGCCAUGUGCUGGAGUGGGGCCUCUAUGUAGUGCACAAAAGAUAUGCUACCACGUUCUCGGAUUGGUACACGGAAUUUGGACCCCAAUACCUCGAGCUAUGAAAGACUACAUAGCAACCCCGAAGCCUAAUGGCUAUCAGAGUCUUCAUACUACUGUGAUUCCCUUUCUUUAUGAGAGCAUGUUUAGACUGGAAGUUCAGAUAAGAACUGAAGAGAUGGAUUUGAUUGCUGAAAGAGGGAUUGCUGCGCAUUACAGUGGGAAAGUUUUCGUGAAUGGCUUAGUUGGACACGUUCUGCCAACUGGUAGAAGCUCCCGAAGGAAAAUAGUUUGCCUCAACAAUGCCAAUGUUGCCCUCAGGAUUGGCUGGCUGAACGCAAUUAGGGAAUGGCAAGAGGAGUUUGUUGGGAAUAUGAGCUCUAGAGAAUUUGUGGAUACCAUCACUGGGGAUCUUUUAGGCAGUUGUGUCUUUGUAUUUACAUCAAAGGGAGAGAUUAAAAAUCUGCCUAAAGGGGCAACUGUCAUUGAUUAUGCAUAUAUGAUACACACUGAUAUCGGCAACAAAAUGGUUGCUGCUAAGGUCAAUGGUAAUCUUGUAUCUCCAACGCAUGUGCUUUCCAAUGCUGAAGUUGUGGAAAUAAUAACCUAUAAUGGACUUGCUAGUAAAUCAGCCUUCCAGAGACAUAAGCAGUGGCUGCAACAUGCAAAAACACAUAGUGCCCGACACAAGAUCAUGAAAUUUUUAAAAGAGCAAGCUGCACUGUCAGCAACCGAAAUAACCACUGAUUCAGUGAAGGAAUUUGCUACUGAAUCUGAAGAGGAUAAGGAAAUGGAAGAAGUCGUUGAUUACUCUAAAGGGGCUAAACACACAUGGGAGAAAACUUUGCAGAAAAUAUCAUCUGCAAGGAUGAUUGGUGAAGAUACUUUUCAAUUCCACAAUGGCAGCAUUCAGAUUCCCAAGGUGAAUGGGAAACAUAACAAGCAAAUGGAGCACACGAGUUUGAAGGAGAAUGGAGAGACACUUUCUCAAGGAAAUGGUGUUGCGAAGAUGAUUCUUGCUAAUAUUCCAAUGUACAGAGAAGUAUUCCCUGGGAUAGAGAACUGGCAAGUUAGUAAGAUUGCAUCUUGGCACAACCUUGAACGUCACUCUAUCCAAUGGUUCUGCAUAGUCUGCAUAGACCGUAGAGGCAUGAUGGCAGACGUCACUUCAGCGCUGGCCGCUAUAGGAAUCUCUAUAUGUUCUUGUGUGGCUGAGAUUGAUCGGGGUAAGGGAAUGGGCGUCAUGCUAUUUCACGUGGAAGCAAACCUGGAUAGUUUGGUCAGAGCUUGUUCGAGGGUGGAUAGAAUUCUUGGUGUUUUGGGAUGGUCUACGGGUUGCAGCUGGGCAAUCUCAUUGGAGAACCAACAGUUUCUAGAACACUAG